CCGCUCGCCGCUGCCGCUGCUGCUGCGCUGCUGCUGUUGUUGUUGUGGUUGUUGCUCUGACGAAAAGCUAACGCGAGUAUUGCAACUUUUAUUUAUUUUUAAAUAGUUUACACGGCUUUAUACUCCUGGUGCACAUACACACGAAACGGUUACUCUCCAUUUACUCCACCACCACCCCCACCCCCGCCGCCGCCGCCGCUGUGCAUCUUCAGCUUGAGGGUGAAAAUUAAAGUGCAUAAUUAUACACAAUUAACCAUGAUUUACGUGUUCGGUUCCAACGUCGGAUUUCUUUGCACGAUACUCAUCGCCUUCAUUGCAACAAUAAACGCUGUGCAAGGAAUGAUACAAUGCUCUCGCUGUGACUCAAGAAGAGAUAAAUAUUACGGCGAAUGCGAACAGUCACCACCGCCUCCGACCCCUUGCCCGAAAAAUAGUAAUUCUCUCUACUGUUCUAUAGUCAGAGAAACAGACCUUGGUGGUAUGCAGCUUCGUUUUGCAAGAGAUUGUAUUUCGAUGUACGUGGAAGAAAAAUGCAUUGUGAAAAAUGUGACUGCUAGUCGUAAAAAAACAUCUUGCAUUCGAACCUGUGACGCGGAUGGCUGCAAUGGAGAAGGAUUAAAACUACGAGGUGGUUCAUCACAGCACUGCGCAUCGUUUGUCUUGAUUUUCUUAACUAUAAUUUUAAUAAAUGCUUAAACAAUACAAUCGUUGUU